UUUUCCUGUCCAUGUCUGGUUGUAGUGCACGCUCUCGAGUGGAGCCUUCAUUUGUUUCGCGAAGCGCGCCAAACGCACGCGCGAGUCCGGCCACGGCGCAUGCGUGCGAAACCGCGGGAACAUUCGACCUGUGUUUACUGUUUACGUGCGAUUGUAGGACUUUGCAGUAUUGGAUAUUUUGAUGAUAGUUCAACAUUAUGGGGACUUUAAUGCUUAUCUUAUGCGUUAUACCAUCUUUAGUGACAUCAAUUACGGUGUCAUCAAAUGGAAACAGUCCAGAAGUCAAAAUGUUUGGCGGAAUGAUGGUUGAUAUGCAAAAAGGUUUUGUACCAAUGACGCCUCGCUCAGAAAUGACCCCAUCGGCUACAACUAAUUACGCUAAAAGUAGAAAAAUCAAUCAAAUAAAUUCUACAAAACUUUCCAUAAACGAGAGAUAUAGGAGAUUGAUACCUUACAUGACUUUUUACUAUGCUAAUGAUUUAGUCACACCUACCCCAGAAACAUACAAAAACGUUGAAGUCGAAAAAGCUCAAAUAAUUGAGGGCAGUACCGUUGGUCAAUUGUCGGAUCGUCAGCCUAAGAAAAUAGUAUAUUCAACCUAUAGAAAUAUACCUAGAUACCAAGGCAACAGACUCACCCACUACAAUAUAGCGUCAGCAAAUCCGACUAAAAUAUACAAGGAAGUAACUUACAACCAAGCACCAAAAGUAUCAAAUUACAAUCCCUUUAUAACUGAACACGGUCAUUUAGAACAUCAAGACUUUGGAAGAUUAGCUCAAAAACCCAGCUUUAAACCAAUAAAUGUUCCUGUGGUAGCUACCACUCACAAACCAUAUUUGAAUCUACAACAAAAUGAGGAUCCCGUUAAUAUACAGUAUUAUUUUUCGGAAAAAGAUCAUACACCGAAGUAUAAAUUAGUGCCUUACGACCAAACUCCUCCUGUAAAAGUAUUACCCCAUAAUGAACAUGUUUAUGACGCUCCUAAAAGACCAGUCUCAGUACCUGUGAUAGCCUCAAAAGAACAAGUUUACAUAAAGCCUAGGCCGAGACCACAAUAUGUGUAUGAAGAUGUAGAGGUCCAGCAGCAAAUCACGAGGAAGCAACCAUCGAUAGUGUCGGAGAAUUAUUACGAAAAGCGACCUAGCAUCGAUGUAUCAAAGCCCGAUAUCCUCGGCGGAUUUAAACCUAUUGUCAGUUAUACUCAACCUACGGAAGCUCCAGUUUAUACAACUUUGCCCGAGCAACCACUGCCCCAUUUCGAAAGUCAGAAACAACAACCUAUCCAAGUGAUUGAAACGACAUCCAUUACAGAAGUUAACCAUUACAGGCCGAACUACUACGAGUAUAUUGUUGAGCAACCAACCUACAAACCUGUGCCGGUCAGCCCUGCUAUUCCAGCGAGUUCGAUGACCAUAGGAGAUCUAUUGAACUCAUUGCAAUUGAAUAAAUCAAUUCCCAAACCUAUAACGAGAGAAAAUGUCGCAUCCUCAAUAAGGACGUUACUGCAAGUGCUGAACGCAUUAAAAGCGAUGCCACAACAGAACGAAGUAGACGUGCCCAUAUUGAGCACGCCAAAGCCAUUCGUUGCACCUGAAACAGUUGAAGUGACAGUGAAGCCAGUGAUAAAAGUUACUCCAGCCCCCGUGGCAAGUGUUGAGGAUCUCCACGAAGAACAAUAUCUAGCGCCUGUUAACCAGCCUUCGCAACAUAUCGACGGUGACGAUUACCACAGAGAGGUGACGAGUUCCCAGUCGUUCCCGCUGCGCCCGCACUCGGAUGACGAGGGCGGGACGCCAGGCCGGCCGGGCGUGGACUACCCUGUGCUCACCGUCAUCCCCCCCACGACCUUCAACUGCAAGACGCAGCGCUAUAAAGGCUUCUUUGCGGACCCGGAGACCCGCUGCCAGGUGUGGCACUACUGCGACCUAAACGGUGGCCAGGCGUCGUUCCUCUGCCCGAACGGCACGAUCUUCUCUCAAGCCGCGCUCACGUGUGACUGGUGGUUCAACGUGCGCUGCGCGUCCACGGCGCAGCUCUACGUGCUCAACGAGAGCCUCUACAAGUACAUCCUGCCGCACUCGCCCAAGUUCCCGGAGGACUACAGCGGCCCGCUAGUCGACAAAUACCUAACACUGAAAUUUAAAGAAAUGGAAGAACAGUUCAAGAAAAACAAAAAUAAGAGCACAGCAUCCGAGAAAAUCGAUUCCGACGAAAACGUGUCCACUGAGGAAUCGAGCGAGAAAAAUUCAGGCGAGAGCGAGGAACAAACUCACACGAGUGAAGUUAGCGUAAGCGAGCCAAGCGUCAUCGUGGCCUCGCCGGGAAGCAGUGGCAAUGUCCAGAGGCUAGAGGAGUAGUACUGUGUAUAAAACAAUAUCCGAUUCACUAAAUUUUGCAGCAUUUUUAGCCAAGGUCCGACAGAACAAUGACCUUGCGCCGAAUAUUAAUAGACGCGAUAGUGUAGGCUAGGCGUCAUAGACUGUGAUAGAGCUAGACUCAUCAGUUUUACUAAUAUCUAUAUAUCUAUUGUGUAAAUCAUUUUAGCAUUGUACUAAAUAUUAAUAUGCUUGAAUGUCAAUAACUAGACAUGAUUUGCCAUUUAGCUAAGUUAAUAUUUAUAUUUAAAUAAGUUUGUUGCAAUGACAAUAAUUUAAGGAUUAAACUUGCCAUAUUUUGCCAUGUUUAAUUCGGAUUUUGAGAGCGAAAUGUCAUUACUCAUUAGGAAAUUGUCCAUGUAUGUGUUGUAAAAUGAGCGUGUAUGUGAAAACGAAAUAUUUUAUAAAUGUGGUAUACUUAGCUAGUGAAUAUUUAAAUGUAUUGUAAUUAGUUAAUAGGUCAUUGUAACUAGCGCUCGAAGUACAUUACCUGCCCUUGUCAAUUAAAAAUGUGAUUAAAGUAUAGGUGUAUAUAAUACCGAAAAAGGCAGAAAACUCCUAAACUAUUAAGUUUAUGUGCAAUAAAUUGUAUUAUUAAAUGUUAUGUAUAAUAAUUCAUUAAUAGGUGGACAUUAUACCACCUUACUUUGAAUUACAUUAUAUAGGUAUAACCAAAAUACUAUUUUUAUUCACCUG